AUGGUUGUGCACACGGGAGAGAAGAAUUAUAAAUGCCAAAUAUGUGACAAAGCAUUUGCUCAUAAAUUUACUCUUAAAUCUCAUUUAGAAGUACAUUUAGGACAAAAGAAACAGAAGAAUUAUAAAUGUGGAAUAUGUGACAAAGUAUUUGCUCAUAAAGAUACUUUAAAAACUCAUAUAGAAGUACAUUUAGAUGGGAAGAAAUAUAAAUGUGGAAUAUGUGACAAAGCAUUUGCAGUUAAAAGUACUCUUAAAACUCAUAUGACAGUACACACAGGAGAGAAAAAAUUUAAAUGUGAAAUAUGUGACAAAGCAUUUGCUCAGAAUUGUACUCUUAAAUCUCAUAUGGUUAAAGAUACCUUAAAAAGCAAAUAUGACAGUACACACAGGAGAGAAAGAAUUAUAAAUGUGACAAUAUGUGACAAAGCAUUUGCUCGUAAAUAUACUCUCAGAAUUCACAUGGUUGUGCAUACUGGAGAGAAGAAAUUUAAAUGUGAAAUAUUGACACAGCAUUUGCUCAAAGAGUACUCUUCAAACUCAUAUG